UUGCUUUAAGCAGCAUUUUGCCUUGUGGUCCUGACGAGCUGCAUUGCCUCUUUCCCAGCUCUAGCUGAAGGCAUGAUUCACUCACUAGUGUUCAGCCCUACUAUAGAUGUGCGUGAAUAGGUUUAGUGAUUAAGUGACAAUGAAGCAAGCUCACUUCAAAAUGCGUACAGGGGCUCUGUUUAUCGGUGGUAACAUCCAGCUGCAUCCAUAAGGCUUUUUCCUAUUCUCCUAUAAAGACUAUGCGACAGCUGUAAGCACAUGUACUGUUUCCUGUAAAUUGCCAGAUCUAUUUCUUGGAACUAACCAGAUGACAUUUAUCCAUUCCCUCUGCAAAUAGAUUUUUAAAAGAACACAAUGGAUUUUAGCAAUUCGUCUGUGUUCGAUCAGCAUAAAGGUGAUUCAGCGGAAGAGAUUGACUUGACUGUAGUUUAUCAAGCAUCAGCUAAUGGAGAUGUCAACACAUUGACUGCAAUCAUCCGUGAAGAUCCUUCUAUUUUAGAAUACUGUGACAAUGACGGUUGCACACCUUUGAUGCAUGCUGUUUCAGGACGACAAGUUGAUACAGUGAAAUUAUUACUGAAGAUGGGAGCCAAUAUAAACACUCAAGAUGCAUGUGGCCGAACUAGCCUAUCCCUUGCAACAUACCUGGGUUGGCUAGAUGGCUGUGUAAGUCUUCUCAGGAACGGAGCCAAGCAAAACAUACCAGAUAAAAAUGGAAGACUUCCUCUUCACGCGGCCACUGCCGAAGCUGACGUCAGGCUUUUAACUGUAUUACUGCAACAGUCAACACUAAGUGAGAUUAACCAUCAGGACAAUGAGGGAAUGACCUCUCUUCACUGGGCCGCAUUCCAUAACCGACCGCAGCAUGCACAAAGUUUGCUUCAAAAGGGCGCUGACCCAACUCUGGUGGACAAAGACUUUAAGGCAGCUCUUCACUGGGCUGUUCAGAGUGGGAAUAGGAUUCUUUGUUCAAUCAUUCUGGAUCAUCAGCAAGGUCAGUCUACAAUCAACUAUGAUGACGAGAAUGGGAAGACGUGCAUGCACAUAGCAGCAGCAGCAGGUUACAGUGACAUUAUCUGUGAGCUGGCCAGGGUUCCGGAGUGCAACUUACAAGCUCUUGAUGUAGAUGACAGGACUCCUUUGCACUGGGCUGCAGCCGCAGGGCAGUCGGAUUGCGUUCAGACACUUUUGAAGCUCGGUGUCGAUAUUAAUCCCAGGGAUAUCAAUGAGAAUACUCCGCUGACUUAUGCCAUGUACUGUGGGCACACGACGUGCAUCAAAAUGCUGUCACAAGAGAACAGCAAGCCAGACCCACUCGGGCCACUAAUAUCACCGGGCAAUAAAGCCAUGAGGAAAGAAGGGCGCCUUACUGUGUUAAAUCAGAUAUUUUCUUGCAAGAAAAAGAAAGCAGAAAAGAAAGCACAUCACAAAGAUAAACUCAGGAACAAAGAAGAGACCUCAGAGGUUGAUGACAUUAUCACUUCUUUCGACUGCAUUCUGGACACAAACUGUAAAGAUCCAGCAGAUGACAAAGUGACUUCAAACAACUGCAAGAAGAGACCGGUGGAGUCACAGAAGUAUCUGCUCCCAGAAAAUAAGCAGAAUUGUAAAGGUCUUCCACCAAUAAGAACGCAAAGUCUGCCCCCAAUUACGCUUGGGCACACUUUUUUAACAUCAUCGCUAAGUACAUCCAAUGCCCCACAGAGCAAUGCUUUUUAUUUUGCACACAGAUCUCAGAAGAGCAAAAGUGAGCAUGACUUAUUUGACAAUAGAAUCAGUUGCAAAACUUUGCAAGACAAUCCUUGGAAUAAAACUGCCAACCAAAUCAUGUCUCAUAAUGCAUGGACUUCACCGCAUACAGAUAAAGCCAUCAUAGAUAACAUUUUAUCUAAAAAAUCUAAUCACAUGGGAAAACUUUGUCCUCCUCAUCUUCCUCGGAUGGAAAAUUCAUUUGCUGUAGGCCACCGUUUUCAACUGUCCCUGGAAAGACAAAGGAUGAAAGAAUUUCACAUAGCACGAAAUAACUUAGCUCCAAUACCGGAUCACUGUGUUAAAAAAAUCCAGAUGCCAACUGGUCAAGUCUGCCAGGGAGUCAAGAAGUCAAUGUCUCUACCUUCGAAUUCUUUACAGAUUGGAACUAACCUGUCACCAUUAAUCAUCUCUAAGACUCAGAGUCACUCACUUUGCUCUUUUCUACCUGUUCUAAGAAGAGAGCCUCUGAGAUCAACACGUGUUCUCCCAGCCAUUCCAAGCCAGAGAGGAAACAAUGCAACAGAAAGCCUUAUUCAAUCUCCAAACAAAUCAGAAACCAAUGACUAGUUUGUGGUCGGAGAAUGAGAUAUUGUCACUGUAUGUCUUGUGUGUCAUUGAGCAAAGCAAGCAUCGGCUUGAGAAAUUUAUAUUUAAAUCUCUAAAGAUGAGGACAUAGUUUAGGUUUUUGCUAUUUUUUUUAAGGUAAUCAUUUUUAUAAGGUAUUAUUUUGUGAUCCCUCCAUGCCAAAAAUACAAGAAACUAUUGCAGAUGUGGCUUUUAAAGAGAAUGAUAUAAAUUACAUUUAUGCAUAUUAAAUUAUUAUU